AUGAAAAUCCUCAUUCUUCUCCUAGGUCUGGCGGCUGUUGUCAGCUUAGCUGUACCCACUCAGUACUAUGAGCUGCAUGAGCGCCGCGACUCUACCCCAAGCAGUUGGAUGGAAGCCAAGAAGCUCGAUGGCAAGGUCUCUCUGCCUGUCCGCAUAGGCUUGAAGCAGUCAAAUCUUGAAUAUGGUCACGAGCUACUCAUGGAUUUAUCGAACCCACUCUCGAGUCGCUACGGACAGCAUCUUUCUAGUAAUGAGGUGCAUGACCUCUUUGCCCCGACCCAGAAAAGCGUGGAUAAUGUGCGUUCCUGGCUGGAAUCCGCUGGCAUCACCAAAGACCGCGUCACCCAGUCCGUCAAUAAGCAGUGGAUUCAGUUUGAUGCGGAUGCUGAGGAGCUGGAGAAGCUGCUGCACACCAAGUACUACCUCUAUUCUCACUCUGAGACGGGUCGUUCACACGUGGCGUGUCGCGAAUAUCAUGUCCCAAUCUCUGUGCGUGAGCAUAUUGACUACAUCACUCCAGGAAUCGCGCUGCGAGAGGUGACUGGUGUUCGUAAACUAAGCACUUCCCUUCAAAGACGGUCUUUAAAAGGCCAGCCCCCUGUUCUUGAGCCAAUCCUCAUGCCUGUGGAGGAGCUGCUGGCCAAUAUCGCCGGGUUUUGCUCCAUCGCCGUUACCCCACAAUGCAUCCAGCAAAUGUACAACAUCAGUCAGGGCACUUCUGCCACAAAGGGAAAUGAAUUGGGAAUUUUUGAGGGAAUUGGGGAUGUUUACGCUCAAGCAGAUCUUGACCUGUUCUUCUCAACUUUGUAUUCGCAAAUUCCUGCCGGCACGCAGCCUAUUCUCAAAGCAGUCGAUGGUGGCCAGGCUCCUACAUCUCUCUUCAAUGCUGGAGCCGAGUCUGAUCUGGACUUCCAGAUCUCCUAUCCAAUAAUCUGGCCGCAAAACUCGAUCUUAUUCCAAACCGAUGAUAUGGUAUAUGAGAACGAUUACACAUUUAGGGGGUUUCUGAAUACGUUUUUGGAUGCUAUUGAUGGAUCAUACUGCAGCGAAAUCUCACCAUUGGAUCCUACAUACCCCGACCCACAGGACGACGGUUACAAGGGCUCUCUGCAGUGUGGCGUGUAUGACCCUCCCAAGGUCGUCUCUAUUUCAUAUGGCUCUGCUGAAGCAGACCUCCCCAUUUCCUAUCAGCGGCGACAGUGUGCCGAGUUUAUGAAGUUGGGUACUAUGGGUGUCUCGGUAGUGGUCGCCUCGGGUGACUCUGGUGUGGCUGGUCGUGGAGGUGAUCCCACACCCAGCAACUGUCUUGGCCCUCAGGGCAAGAUAUUUGCUCCCGAUUUCCCAGCUUCAUGCCCUUACUUAACAGCCGUUGGGGCCACAAUUAUUCCACUGGGCGCAUCGCCCGAGGAUCAUACAGAGGAGGCCGUCACCAGUUUCCCGUCCGGUGGUGGUUUCAGCAACAUCUACAAGGCGCCUGAUUACCAGGCACAGGCUGUUGCUGACUAUUUUGCAAAGGCGAAGCCCUCGUACCCCUACUAUGAAAGCGUGGACAACAGUAGCUUUGGUUCCAACGGUGGAAUAUACAACAGGAUUGGUCGUGGCUAUCCAGACGUGGCUGCCAUCGGGGACAGAGUCGUCAUCUAUAACCGAGGUAUGCCCAUCUCGAUUGGUGGCACAUCUGCCUCUGCUCCUGUAUUCGCUGGAAUCCUCACUCGCAUCAAUGAGGAGCGAUUGGCGGCUGGAAAGUCUACCGUCGGCUUUGUCAACCCGGUCUUGUACGCACACCCAGAAGCAUUCUUCGACGUAAUCAAAGGGUCGAAUGCUGGUUGCGAUACCAAUGGCUUCUCUGCCGCUGAAGGAUGGGAUCCAGUGACUGGGCUGGGUACACCUAACUAUCCUGCCCUUCUCGAUGUUUUUAUGAAGCAGUAG